GUGAUGGUGACAAUGAGGGUGAUGAAGGUUCUGAGGAAUGAUUGAAAUUCUUUUGUUAGGCAAUUUUGUUAGGUUUUUUUUUUUUUUUUAGGUUAGGUGUGUAUCCAUGGCCUUUGUCUGUACAGAGUAUAAAAGGCAGGAUCUCACCUGAGAGACAUAACAUCACCUGAAGCAUCCAACCAAUUUCAAGACUCCAGACUUUGGCAUCGCAAUAAGUCUUACUUGAGAACACGGAGGACAAAGUGAAAAGUGAGGACAAACUGACUGAAGCCAAAACAGACCAAAAAAAACCACACUUAAAACAUCUACAAUAGAUACUGCAGAUCAACAUGCUUUCUAAAGUACAGAGAACCAUCAGGCCAGUGUACUCUAUGAGAGGACUCCACAAGUCAGCCCUGGACGUGAAGGAGCACUCAGCCCCAGAGGAAACAGUGACGGCCAGCUUUGGGAAAUUCAUCCAGGGAGUGCAGAACCAUCAACUUUCUUCCACCCUCCUCCAUCGCAGUAAAAGGAUGGUGCUGGACAGUAUCGGAGUGGGAAUCCUGGGAAGCACAACUGACGUGUUCCAGUUGGCCCUUAAACACUGCCAGCUCAUGUACGCCCCUGAUAAUGUCAGCUCUGUGUACGGACGCAGGGGCACCAGACUUUCACCCACGUUAGCAGCUUUUGUCAAUGGAGUGGCAGCUCACUCUAUGGACUUUGACGACACCUGGCAUCCUGCCACCCACCCCUCAGGUGCUGUACUUCCUGCUCUGAUGGCAAUCAGCGACAUGCUGCCCAAAGGCAGCAAGCCUAGUGGACUGGAUUUCCUGGUGGCCUUUAACAUAGGGAUUGAGAUUCAGGGACGACUGAUGAGGUUCUCCAGCGAGGCACAUAACAUUCCUAAGAGGUUUCACCCCCCCAGUGUGGUGGGCACCAUGGGCAGUGCUGCUGCCUGUGCCCGCCUUCUGGCUCUGGAGCACACACAGUGUAGCCACGCUCUUGCCAUUGCCGCAUCUCUGUCAGGCGCUCCAAUGGCUAAUGCUGCCACCCAGUCCAAACCAUUCCACAUCGGCAACGCUGCACGGCUGGGCCUGGAGGCUGCCCUCUUGGCCUCCAGGGGGCUUGAGGCCAGUCCACAAGUCCUAGAUGCGAUCCCUGGAGUUGCUGGCUUUAGCGCCUUCUAUGAAGAUUAUGUCCCCCAACCUUUAAUCUCCCCAGAGGAGGAAGCAUAUCACAGCUUCUUGCUGGAGGAACAGGAUAUAGCGUUCAAACGUUUCCCUGCCCACCUUGGGAUGCACUGGGUUGCCGAUGCUGCUGCCUCGGUCCACAAAAUGCUAAUGGGUGUGGGAUCGGGCCCUAUGGCCCCUGGCAUGGUUCAAGACAUCUUGCUCAAGGUCCCCCGCUCCAAAUACAUAAACAGGCCCUUCCCAGAAUCUGAGCACCAGGCACGUCACUCCUUCCAGUUUAAUGCCUGUAGCGCCCUGCUAGAUGGGGAGGUGACUGUACAAUCCUUCUCACCUUCUGCUCUCCACCGCCCGGAACUGAGCGACCUUCUAGGCAGAGUCCGCGUAGAGCAUCCCCACGAUAACCCUGCCAACUUUGAUCUUAUGUAUGCUGAGGUCCAGGUAACCCUAGUGGGUGGGGAUGUGCUGAAGGGGCGGUGUGACACCUUUUAUGGUCACUGGCGCAAUCCACUGACCAAUGAGAGCCUGAAAAGAAAGUUCCGGAACAACGCAGGGGCUGUACUUUCUGAAGAGGAGGUGGAGCAUCUCAUUGAAACAGUGGAGGAUCUGGAGAGGCUUGGGGACUGCACUCCUCUACUCUGUCAUAUGCUGUAAGACUGGCCUAGGGCUAGAUUUAGGGCUAAAGUUAGGGCUAGUGCCAGUGCACGGGUUAUAGGGUAUGGACACAGUUACAGUGGUAGAGCAAUUGACUGGCAUGCCAAAAGGUUGGAGGUUCAAAUUUACCCUGUCUAUGUUGCUUCUGAUAAAAGCAUCUGCAACAUGAAUACUUAAAUUACAUUAAAGAGUGCUAAAGAGCUUGGUGAUGGUUGGGGUACAGCAUAUGUCUGAACUUUCCUUAUAGCAUUUUAAACUUCAGAUUUAAUGUACAAUAAACUGUAGCAUUAUACUGUAUAUAUACUAUAUAUCACAAUAUUUUUGUUUUGUAUGACUGCGGACGUACUCCAAAUGUGAGUGGUGGGAAAUAUCUAACAUUAAUAAGACUAUGUUUGGUAUUGGUUCUAAUAAAUAUUAGAAAUUGUUUUAAAUAUUUUGUUAGAUUUUCUUUUAGAAUUGUGGGCCAAACACAUUCCUAUUUGUAUGUUCAUUCACAGGUUUACCACCAAAACUAAGAGGAUGUUUUGUAGAUAAUAUAAAUAAAGCCAGCAAAGCCAUUGAGUUUCUGCCUUUGAGUUUAUUCCUAGGCAGUGGCCGUCUACAAAUGCGUGCACGUUUAUUUCUCUCGAGGUCCAUGGCUUGAUUGUUUAACUUACUUAUGCAACCGUGUACUUGAUUAUUUUUUACUAGGUACAAUUAGAUUCCUUGAAUCAAACCAAUUUCAACGCUUUUGAGUCAUACCCUAAUUUCCACUUUAUUGGAUUGGUCCGCCACGUUGGAUUUUAUGAAACAUCCCCUGGGGGGCGCUGCAACAAGCAAAAAUGAGAUUUGGCUAAUAACUGUUAACAAGUAUUUUGCAUAAAAAAUAUAUUCUUUAGCAUGCGAAUACCUUGGUAAAUAUCAAAGCUGAGACAGACUUCAUUGAGAUGUCUACCAUAUUCGCUUUUAUCAAAAGACAUUCAAAUACCAACACAUUUUAUCCAACCUUCACAAAACCCAGCACAGAUCAUCUUCAGAAUUAGUCGUCACAAAAGUUCUCGGACGCAUUUUUGCUUUUCAUAAACAUUCAUCCAUUACAACCAAAUCAAAGGCAAACUAACCCAAACAGGGUGUGAGCUCAUGUCUGUUCUUUGGUCUUUGGUCAAAAGACAAAACUUCCUAUCAGUGCUUAUGGCCAUGCUUUUGACAUGAUCAGAUCAAGUUGCCAUGGUGAAUCAUCUUCAUUGGUGAUUUCAGCUGUAUUUUCCACUUGUUUUUGCACACUACUGUAUGUAACUUGCAUUGCUAUAACAUCCAAUAGAUUAACUGUAUGUAAUAUCAGUGCAUCACUUAGUUCAAAGUUUCUGAAUGUUAUCAUUAGCAUUCUUUUUUUGUUUUACACAAAUAUAACAAACAUUGAUAAACUUUAAAUUAAUACGUGUUUUUUUAUAAGAAAAUUUAGGAAAUUGCUGGAGUCAGAUGGAAUUGAUUUUCAUUACAAUCCAAAUAAUUAUAUAGUAAGCAAACAAUUCAUUACCCUGACCCAUUAACACAUCGUGUUGUCUAACAAUAUACUUA